GCUCAUUUUCUUUGCUCUUUCACACCGAGCAUUCCGAAUCAUACAAACAUGUCCGACAUGUCGGAAAAGAGGGCUCACCAAACCCUCGAUCAGAGCUCAAUGAUCAAUCUAAACUCUUCAUGGACGAGCUAUAAAGGAGCUUGGUCUACUACUAUAUUUAUCAUCGUCGCACUCAAGAUGUUGUUUUCUAUCAUACCUGGUAUUACACCGGAGGCCAGUUGGACGUUAACCAACGUUGUAUUCAACAUGGGUCACUUCAUUAUGUUCCAUUGGGUACAAGGUAUUCCAUUCGAAAAUAACCAAGGCGCUUACGAUGGCCUUACGCUAUGGGAACAAAUAGACGGAGGUGUUCAGUUUACAGAUACGAGAAAGUUUUUCACGGCUGUUCCAAUCUUGCUAUUCCUUUUGAGUACCCAUUACACGCAUUAUGAUAUGGUGACCUUUGCCAUCAACUUCUCGGUCCUUUUGGUGGUCUUGGUCGCCAAGUUGCCUGCCAUGCAUAAAGUACGAGUAUUCGGCAUCAACAAGAUGGAUGAGGAUAUGGAUUAAUCAUGCCCUACGGUCCCCUUUUCUUUUAUUAUUAUUCUACUCUCUUUCAAAUAGCCUCACUCCCUGGUAUUUUCCUCGCCCACUCCCCCCCAUCUUUUACGCUGCAUUGCCUCUCUUUGGUUGAUGGUUUUUUUUUUCACUUUUUAAAAUAUAGCACGGUUGAUUUUGCAUGCUCUGUCUUAUAUUAAGUGUGUUGGGUCCACGUGCAGG